AUGCACUUGAACCCACACUUGACUGGACGCAAUGGGUGUACUCACGAUGCACUGCUCAACAGUAGAUGUGUUUUGGUCUCACCAUAUUACUUUCACAUUAGUGAUUUCACUUCAUCGUUAGGCAAAGAUACAUCUAUUUCACCAAUCACAUCGUUAGGCAAAGAUACAUCUAUUUCACCAAUCACAUCGUUAGGCAAAGAUACAUCUAUUUCACCAAUCCCACAGUUAAGCAAAGAUACAUCUAUUUCACCAAUCACAUCGUUAGGCAAAGAUACAUCUAUUUCACCAAUCACAUCGUUAGGCAAAGAUACAUCUAUUUCACCAAUCAAAUCGUUAGGCAAAGAUACAUCUAUUUCACCAAUCACAUCGUUAGGCAAAGAUACAUCUAUUUCACCAAUCCCACAGUUAAGCAAAGAUACAUCUAUUUCACCAAUCACAUCGUCAGGCAAAGAUACAUCUAUUUCACCAAUCACAUCGUUAGGCAAAGAUACAUCUAUUUCACCAAUCACAUCGUUAGGCAAAGUUACAUCUAUUUCACCAAUCCCACAGUUAAGCAAAGAUACAUCUAUUUCACCAAUCACAUAG